UCAUCUUUCCCAAUUCUGAUCCCUCUUGAAAACAUAUAGGAUGGGCACACCCGGUCUCUUGGGCUACAUUUUCCGCAAUAAAGAGCGCAAGGCAAUGUACCAACGCUUAACUUUUAUCCUGGUUCUCACGGCUACGGAAUAGCCUUGUUCAUCUUUCGCUUUUCUUGCGAGCAGUGCGCCGAGAUGGCUAAUCUUGGGGAGGGUAUUGAGUGGAUCCAGGAUGAAAUUGCGGACAUUCCGAGGAUCUAAAGAAACGCUACAUGGCCUUCGACGGUAUUUGGAAACAUUACUUUCCUUAUGGUGGUCCGGAGCACUGGUUUGAGGAAUUCGGACUGGACCCGGAUCUUUCAGAGAAGGAAAGGAAAGACAUGAUUGACCAGUAUACGAGGCAAGCUGAAAGGGCUUUGGAAGGCAGCGUCCCAAUCGAGGGUUUCCAGGUUCCAAAUCCCUACCCCUUCAUGGGACGUCGGGAGACUUUGCAUACUUGGUAUCACAUCUUGGUUGGAGCGGAGCUGGGAUCAAGGGCUUUGCGCUUCGUCCGACAGGGGAAACUCAAUCAUCUGAUCGAUUGUACUGACAAUUUGGUUGAAUGCGACUGGUCAUACUAUAUCGACUUUGACCAUGAGAAAAUGGAGGUCUGGCAGUUUGGUAGUUUUGAGGAAGAGGUUGCCUUUGACCAAUUGCGAAAGGAUCCGGAAUACAUGUGCGAGGCAUUUAUGUAG